CAAGCUUCUACCUCUUCCAUCCAUCACCCACUCAGCUGACAGUACACAUUGCGCCGCGCAAGGUCUUGUAGCGAUUAUGAGCUAGGCGAUGAGCUAAGCAUUGCUUGUGACAGGCUCGCGUUGAGGGGCGGUAAUAUGGUUCCACCUCGACAAAGUCCCAGGUCGAAGCGACAGGCUCAAACGACAAACAAGCCAGUCAAGAAGGCUUACAGCCGGCGCAGUGAUCCUCUUUCUGAAGUUCGCAGUGACGAUCUGGAUCGAAAGCAGCCACGUCUUUCGUUCACAAGCGCACCAAGACACAGCGGCUGGACUGCUUCUUCUUCCGCAUCCAAUCAAAGGUCCAGUAAUGGAGCUUCGUCCAGCACCUUGGUGGAUCUGGGAGCAUCUUUGUCAGCUGCUGAUAUAAGCAGACACCAGUCUAGUCCCACAGAAGGCUUGAAGGACAGCAAGCCCUUGCAAGAACGAAAUGGCAACCAGCAAGACCUCAAGGGCAAGGCACCCGCAGAGCCGAGGGAACAGUUCGAAGCAGCCGAGAGCUUGUGGUCGGAGCGGUACGGCCCGAAGAGCAGAGAAGAGCUUGCCGUCCAACCCCGCAAGGUUGCUGACGUCGAGGGCUGGCUAAGAGACGCAUUCGAAGGGUCGCCAGUCACGAAGAGGCACAGGCGAAUGCUGGCCUUGACCGGCCCUUCGGGCUCCGGAAAGACGCAAGUCGUACGGACCCUGUCCGAAAAGGAUCAACUCGAUUUUGAGAUCAUCGAGUGGGUCUCCGAUGGAUCACAGCCCGCCUUCGAUCCCAAUUCGGAUCAAAUCUCCUUCAUGGAAGGAUACGUGCCCUUGAUACGCCGAUUCGAAGAAUUUCUGACCAAAGCUGCGCGAUUCAGCUCCCUGAGCUUCUCACAAACGCCUGACGGAGCUUCGAGCACCUCUUUGCAAAGUUCAGCACAGGCGGCACCCUGCAGACGACGCGUCAUCUUGGUAGAAGAUUUGCCAAACAUUACGCAGUCGGCGACCAAGCAGGCAUUUCGGGCAGCACUCGAAAUGUUUAUCUAUCGCCCGCUACCCGCUGGUCAACACAUACCGCUAAUACUGAUUGUCAGCGACGUGACUCCGCGACUGGAUGCCGAGGCUUGGCUUACAUCUGGAAACACAAGCUGGAAGGACAGAUCAUCUGCUACCCUUGGCCUGCGUGAUUUACUUAACGAACAGGUCAGACUUAAUUCGGCUUUUGCCGAGAUACGUUUCAACCCGAUAGCCAAGACUCUGCUUGCACAAGUCAUCUCACGACAUCUUGAUGCGGGCCCCAGCCCGCGCAAGGGACGUAAGACGCAGGUCAAGACGGCAAGAAAGCAGUUUGCGGAUACGAUAGCCCAAGAGGCGGGCGGAGACAUACGAACUGCGUGGAAUCUCGUACAGCUUGCUGGCAGCUCGGACUAUGUACUUCCGUCGCUAUUACAGCGUGGCACCAAGCGUCAUUCGGACGGCAGCGAGGUAUCGACAUCUAGUCCUCAACGAGCGAGCAAUGACCGCGAGAGCCAAGAGUAUCGUAUUUCAGCAGUCACUGGGAGAGAGCACUCAUUGGCGCUUUUUCACGCUUUGGGUAGGAUACUCUACAACAAGCGCAUUGGCGAUCCCGGCGAAACGUCUGGCCUCUCCAAGACCGCAUACCCCUCAUCUCAGGGCGGGCGGAGCACGACGCUUGCGACGGAAAAUUCAAGAUCUAUGUGCGAGAGUUGGGAGCUCCCUGCAAGCCUUGCCUGCCGCGAACGAGCGCCAAGCAAGGUCGAUGUAAAUGCGUUGUGGACGGAGGUCCCCGUUGAUACGUCGAUGCUUCAGCUCUACUUGCAUCAAAAUUAUCCGCCAUUCUGCGACGAUGUGGAGCAGUGCGACUUGAUUUUGGAAGGUCUGAGCUUUGCUGACACUGGCUUGAAGACAGAGAGCGAGGAGUGGCUGCACGCAAAUCUCAGCUCGCACUACUCCUUCUUGACGACGGUGCAUGCGACACUACUUGCUCUUCCGUCACCCGUUACUCGACGCGGCCAAAAGUUCUCAAAGUCGUGCUUCUUUGAGAUGCGGUCACGCAAUUUAGAGUUACAGGGAGCGCUCGAGGAUGCGAGAGCAUGGCUCGGACCGCGCACAACCUCUGGCCAUGUCAGCGAUCCGGAGCUGCUCACAGAGAUCGUGCCCUAUAUCUGGCGCAUUAAAGGUUCCAGAGUGCGCGACGGCGAGACGAGACUGCUCGCAACGCAGACCUCCCACGGCGCUCUUGGAGAGGCAGCACACACGGUGCCGCCGUGCAUCAGAAGCAUUGGCGAAAUGCGGCUGGAGAGUUCCAGCACUUCAAGCUGGCAGGGGGAACAGCUUGACGAAGCAGACGUUGCAGAGGAGGACAAGGACGAGUUCAUAGACGCGCCAGCACUGCCGAGGGGCGUUCAGCGUCAGAAGACGUUUUCAAGCACGCGUCUCGCACCAUCAUCAGAUCAGCCUGCCACUGAUCUUGACUCAGAUUUCGAAGACAUCGACGAUGCAGAUGAGCCUUGAUCGCACCCACCCUCGUUGCCCGGACCCCGCAUUCAUCAUUCCUUCAUGUAGCCUAGACGCCGCACUUCACAAGGUACUCGUAAUUCAGAUCAAGCAUGAGAGU